GUUUUUAAACGAUGCUCCCGCCUCGGCGGCUAACAGUUACGGUGAUAUUAUUGUUGAGAAGCAUCCCGGAGAGGUACCUUCCUUUUUGGUUUGUUUGCCAGUCAAGCAUUGUAGAGAUUUCUCGUGACAGACAUUGAAGCAGGAUGGCUGUGACAGCGUUGCUGCCCCUCGUUCUAACUGUGCUCGUUGGCCGAGGGACUGCCAAUACUCACUGGUCGUACUCCGGACCCACUGGACCACAAAACUGGGGAAAGCUACAUAUCGAUGGAAAUCAAUGUGGCAGCGACUCGAAGCAGUCGCCCGUCGAAAUUCUCACCGACUAUGCCAUAUACAGUCGAAGACUUGAUGAUUUGGAGUUUAUUUUGUACCACGAGCCGCUGCGCAAUCCAUACAUCGUCAACAAUGGCCACACAGCGAUGGUGGUUGAAGAAGACUCUCCGAGGUUCAUCGAACGCGGAGGCCUUCCGGGAAAAUACAUUUUUGCCCAGCUUCAUUUCCACUGGGGCUCGGACAAUACUCGGGGCUCGGAACAUUUCGUUGACGGGCGCCAAUAUCCCAUGGAGUUGCAUCUGGUACAUUACAAGGAAGACUAUGGAAGUGUUGCAGAAGCAUUACGCAACUCUGACGGAAUUGCCGUGGUUGCUGUUUAUUUUGAGGUCUCCAGAAAGCAUAACAACCAGUACAUGAACCUUAUAAGCGAGCUGCAGAACAUCAGAACAAUGAGCGACAGAGGAGUACCGAUUCAAAGACAAAUUGUUCUCAACAACUUAUUGCCGAGGCGGUCAAAAGACUUCUUUAGGUACAAUGGCUCCCUCACAACGCCGCCCUGCUCGGAAGCUGUCAUAUUUUCGCUUUUUAGGGAAACCGUGCCACUUAGUGCUGGACAGCUCGAACAAUUCCGGAAGCUCCGAGUAGGCAACGAGACUUCUCCCGUGCUGGUGGAUAACUACCGCCCGUUGCAACCUCUGCGUGGACGAACUGUCCUGAGAAACUUCCGCUCCAGUGCUAGACCGCAGACAGAGGGAUCCUUGCCUGGGCCGCCUCGGAUAAAGGGAAACAACUUCGCACGGUGUGACUGUUACGCAUUUCCUUAUCAGUGGGCCUUGUGCGCCGAACAGUGCUUACCUAUAUGGAAUCAGCUUCAAGCAUUUGAUUACUACGACCCUCCUGCUGAUGAACUGCUUCCAGUUCAAAUGCUAUUCUUCAGGAAGUGAUUCGAUGCCUGCAUUCUUCUUCUAUGCGGAAAAGAUCAGUAUUACGGGAGGUCACAUAAAGACCCACAGCUGGAACGCUGUCCGGACAACAUAGGAGAACGCAGCAAGACUUCUCUAUAACUCACAUCCAGACAGCGUUCCUGGCGGUCGCAUGCGUACGGGAACUUUCCACCAACUCAUCAAUUUGUGCCAUAUAACGAACAGGGUCUGAGUAAUAAUAAUAAUAAUAAAUAAAGGUUCAACGUUGACAA